AUGACAGACCAAAUUGUACGUCAGACAACGCCUUUAACAACAUCUGUAAAUAAAUCGGAACAACAAAGUAAAUUGCACAACGAACAAUCUACUGGCACGCCGAUACCAUGUCAUGAAUCACAUCAUGAACAUCAUCGUGUGUUUGCUCCGCUUAACACGCCGAUGUAUCGUCGUCGACAAACAUUAACAAUUUUCGUCGGGUUUAUUGUGCCAUGGUUUUGUCUCUAUAUAUCAUUGCAAUGUCUUCGUUCAGACAAUCCGUAUAUAUUUUACUGUUUUCUUGUUUAUCUAUCAUGGAUGGUUCUAUUUCGAAAACAUCCACGACAAGGUGGCCUCAAACAACAAUGGCUACGUCGACUUGUCUGGUGGAAAUGGUUUGCCGGUGAGUAG